CACACGCACUCCAGCAGCUUCUUGUUCAGAUGCAUUUCCUCGCCGCCGUUCUCUUGGCUGUGAUCAGCCUGAGCGCUUCAUGCUACGGCAAAAUUUACACGAAGUGCGAACUUGCCAAGGAGCUGAAAUGUAUCUACGGCUUUGCGCAAAGCAGCCUCGGCGACUGGGUGUGUUUGGUACAGCACGAGAGCUCCUUCAAUACCGCGGCUGUUGGACAAAACAAGGGCAGUAAGGACUAUGGCUUGUUCCAGAUCAACGACUAUUAUUGGUGUAAUUCGGGCACAGGCACCAACGACUGCAACAUCAAUUGUGAUAAACUGAAGGACAACGAUAUUGCGGACGACGUCAAAUGCGCCAAGAAGAUUUUCGGGCGCCACGGCUUCAACGCCUGGUACGGCUGGAAGAACAACUGUAAAGGCAAGAACUUAUCCUCCUACACCAGUGGCUGCAACCUCAGCUGCUGAGAGCCGCUGCCUCGUGAGCUGAUGGAUCUUCCUGCGCGAUUAUCGGCAUUUAGUUCAAUUUAAUUAACGCAUUUAUUCCAUUUAUAAUUUUGGGCAUUCAGCCUCUACAGCACCUGCUCUUUGCGCAGGCAUCACAUUUUAACACUAUAACUAUUUGAUGAUAUUUAUUUGCCCAAAUAUUGACUGAUUGAUGAAGCUCUGAAAUCUCUAUAUGUGUUCUUGCAUCAGAAUAUAAACGCUUGGCUAA